UACAACCUUACAUGUUUGAGCUAUUGGCCAACGCGCAAGGUGGUCAUAGUAAUGACAAUUCUCCGUCAUCGGAAAGCGAAGAUAAAUACAUUCACAGAAUUGGAAAUGUUGAACGGUGCGAAUGUGGCUUUUGUGUUGUCAUGAGUACAGGACGGGAAAGUAUAUGUUGCCAAGAGGUAAACAAUACUGAUCCUUUGAUACAUGGCGAUCAUAUUUGUAUCACACAAGAGGAAGAGUUUGCCACAGUGUGUAGAAACGAAGCUGUCGUAAAAACAGCUAUGGUCGUGUACACACAUGACAUUGGACCUAUGCCUGAGAGUGAAGAAAACGAGUGAGAGUCUGAUCCAUUGUAGCUAUUGCUCAUCGU